AGACCAGGGGCGGACUGACAACUCAUGGGGCCCCCAGGCAAUAGGGGAUCAUGGGGCCCCUGUGUCCUUGCCCAAACUCAAAAAAACCUAUGAAAAAGGUACCAGGGGCAUCUCAUGGGGCCCCCUACUUACCCCGGGCCCUCAGGCAGUGCCCGAGUUUCCAAAUGGUCAGUCCGCCCCUGGCUGAGACCAUAAGGUCCAGCAUCAGAGCUCCCUGAACUAUAGCCAUAGCUGUCUUCCGAGAGUUUCAUAAACUUGUCAGAUAUAAAUAAUUGAGAUACUAUCUGCUUAGCUUACUUUAUUUAUUUUAUUUAU